CGAGCCCAGCUGUUUCUUCUUUGCGUCGGCGUGUUGUCAUUAGCAAGAGGCUAGUCGCGUUGUUAACAAGCGGCACGGUGUGUCAGACUUGUAGCUUCGAGCUAACGAGAUGGGCGGAAUCAGUUCAGUGGGUGGAAUGCUAACAGUGCUAACAGGCUAACGUGAGUGUUUGUUAAUUAAUUGAAGGUCUGGCUACUCCCCGUUAAAAUAAACAUUAGCUACUCCCCAUUACAACUUAGCUUGAUAGCACAUCUAGAAAUACAAGCAGCACGCGUCGUAUUUUUGGCUUAAUGCAACAGAGCCUGUUGUUUAUCAUGUGCUUCUAUCAAAGCCGUCGGGAGGCUGACGUUACGUGCAGCCAGACGGCUACGUCUGGCUAACAGCAGCAGACGUCCUGAUAGUGAGGUUUGGCACACAGGACAGCAGGAGAUCUCUCUAGGUCAUGGCCAAUCGAGGAGGCGCUACAAGACCCAAUGGUCCCAAUGCAGGGAACAAGAUCUGUCAGUUUAAGCUGGUGCUGCUGGGGGAGUCAGCUGUUGGGAAAUCCAGCUUAGUGCUCCGCUUUGUCAAAGGCCAGUUCCAUGAAUUCCAGGAGAGCACAAUAGGAGCGGCCUUUCUCACCCAGACAGUGUGUCUUGAUGACACAACAGUGAAGUUUGAGAUCUGGGACACUGCAGGUCAGGAGCGCUACCACAGUUUGGCACCCAUGUAUUACAGAGGAGCACAGGCUGCCAUUGUGGUCUACGACAUCACAAACGAGGAGUCCUUUGCACGAGCAAAAAACUGGGUAAAGGAGCUGCAAAGACAAGCCAGCCCAAAUAUAGUCAUCGCUCUGUCAGGCAACAAAGCUGACCUAGCCAACAAGAGAGCUGUCGACUUUCAGGAUGCCCAGACCUACGCAGACGACAACAGCUUACUUUUCAUGGAGACGUCAGCCAAGACAUCUAUGAAUGUGAAUGAGAUAUUCAUGGCUAUUGCAAAGAGAUUGCCGAAGAGCGAGCCUCAGGCUGCAGGAGCCACCAGCCAGCGGACCCGGGGCGUGGACCUGACAGAAGCCGCCCAGCCAGCCAAGGCUCCCUGCUGCAGUAACUAACAUGAAGAAUGCCUUCCCUCUAACCAACCUGUAUAGCAGUAACUCAUGCGGCCAAUGCCCCAAAUGCCACUGAAGUUACUAAUGCAAUGUGUUGUACUGGUUUCUCCAAUUCUCCUGCACCCACAUUCUUCAUGUAGUAGCAAAGUCAGUGCCUUCACACUGGCUCUGCUGUUACCAGGUGACACCUCCUAACCAUCGUUUCUUACUUUCUAGCAUCUAUCAAUCGCUAUUGGUAGAUUAGUGACAGCAGAUGUUGGAGGCGUGAGCGCGCUACCGCCCGCCGCCCUUGCAUCGUGUAGAUUUUAUCUAGGGGAAGUGGUCACUUCUCCUUUCUGGGGAGACUUUACUACGGCGUCUCUUCACAACAGUCUUCAAGUUUUGCAAGAAUUUGUUUUGAUAAUUUUGUUAACUAUUAACUAGCUUUUUCAGAACUUACACAUGUACAUACUCACACAGCCUGAAUAGAAAACAUAAAAGAAAAACGUGUCUGGAAGACAAUGAGUGUCUGUAUGAAUUUAAGGGCGGUGGGAGAGAGAGAAGAGAGGAACUGAAUGCUAAAUGAUUCUCCUGUUAUUGGGACUGUUUUUGUGAAAGUCUAAAGACAUUUGUGAACUCUAGUCCUCUCAGAUGAUCCCUCUCUUUGAUCCCCACCAUCUCUCCACUGUUACAUUUCCCCCACUAAAGUAGCACUAGUAAAAAAAACAUGAAGAUUAUGUUCUACCACCCUGAGGCUCCCUCUUGGACUCAUGCCUGUUUCUAGCUGUCCCUAGUGGCAUUGUGCAAUGUUUCACAGUAUUUACUCUGUGACUUCAGUGUCUGCAUUGACUAUUGCAGCAUAGCAAAUCCCCCCCCCCCCCUAUUUCCACACACGGUGCAGGGACCUCUGAGGUGCCCAUCAGUGUCAUCAUGUGCCGUUUGGUUACGCUGGGGUCUCUUAGGUUUCUGCCUUUGUGGGGUUUAGUUUGCAUAGGACCGCAUCCAUUGUGUUAACGUUGCUGCAGGAUUCCUCCCUGAUCCAAAAAAAAAAAAACAGCAACGUUGAUAGCAGUGAGUGGGAAGCAGCCAUUUGUAAGGUUGCUUCAUGAUCACAUUUGAGUCGUAAUUCAUUUUCAUCUGUUGAUUUGGAAGUGCUUUACACCAUUUCUGUGUCAGUGGACAGAUGGGGCCUGGGCUCGCUGCUGACCGAUCUCCACCACACACUCACACACGUGCCCGUUUAUCUGUUGGUGAUGUUGGAACUCUCACAUGACGUUGACAUAUUCCUGCUAACCGCUACAUAUUGCACAUAAGCACAUUCAGUCUGUUACACCGCUCCCCCACCUGUGUCCAGCACAUACUUUAUUUCCUGUCUCUCUACUUUCACUAUACACACAUUAACACACGCACGCGUUCAUACUGUACAUGUGGUCAUUAACUCUUUUUACAGGUCUGUCUCUUACUCAUGCCUUGCACUAAUGAUGCUCAUGAAUAUAUCUUGUCAUAAUUACAACCAGUGUGAUAUAAAUAUAUAAAUAUAUAUAAAUAUAUAAAUAAUAUACUGUAAAUAGUGUGUUGCAGUGUAGUCUACUUUUUUUUCUUUUCAAUUUACCAGUGACAGGACUAAUGCUUGCUAGGCAGUUGUCUAGAUAAUCAUAAAAAACUGUACAGUUACCAGAAAAACAGCUACAGUCUGGAUUUGGACUUUUCCUGCAGUUCAUUUUACACUCAAAUGGUUAAAUUAUAGUCAGUGGUGGUCUUUAGAAAUGUCUGUAGUGUUGUUAACAAAAAUGAAGUUAGCUGUCUGUCUUGUACCAUUCUCUCUAAAGAAAAAAAAGAAAUAAUAUUCCAACUUUUUUUGGUUUGUGUUUUUUCUUUUUACAUAACUCUCCUUUCACUGAUUCUUUUGCUGCGGUACAAGGCUGCGAUGCCUCGUCCAGUACCCGUCCUGCGAACGACCAGAGACACUGGUUUAAAGCUCUAAGUGGAGUCGAACACCGUACAAAACAAUGGUGGGAAUAAACAGAUCAACACAAAUAGGGAUGGUACAUUGUGCGUUGUUUUUUUAUUUCUCUGUGACUCCUUAAUUGCAGAUGAAGACAUUAUAAAUGCAAGCAUUUUACAGUACUGUAACUACCAAACAUAAUAAAAUUAAUUUGAUCUUUUA